AUGCCCAGUCACUCCAGGUCUCGAUCAAACACCACUCCGAUGCCCGAGGGAGACGAAGCAGCCACGUGGCGAAACAUCGUCACGUCGAUAACCUCCCUGCAGGAGACGGACCCCGACAUUUCGCGGUUGCAGCGAAAGCUGAUCGACACCAACGGACUGAGCGAUCAAACCAGCCUGGGCGAGAUGUUGCGCAUGGUCAGAGAGGCCUCUCCCUCCGAGUCCAGCUUGGAUCACCUGCAGGAGGUGCUGACAACUGGAUCCGAGGUUCUUUCGGAGCGUCUCAAGUGCCUGGAUGGAGCUCUUGAGUAUCUCCAGGUGCUGAUUGCGGUCCGAACAGACUACCCAGAAGACUCCAAGAUCAAGCGAAGAAAGGUCGAGGAGGACAAACCAUCAACUUCUUACAGACGCCCCAUUCCACGGGUGGGCUCACAGGUUGCAUUCCGACUCCGAAAACAGCGAGGAGACGAAGAAGAGGAGUGGAUCCAGUGCCAGGUGACCCGAGUGUACUCGGAUGGCCAGAGAUUCGAGGUCAAGGACCCCGAGCCCGAUGAGAACGGAAACCCCGGACAGAGCUACAAGACGUCCAUCAGAGACAUUAUUCCUCUGCCCACAGACGAGGAGCUGCGAAACAUGCCCCAGUUCACUGCUGGUUCCCAGGUUCUGGCACGGUACCCCGAAACCACCACUUUUUACCGGGCAGAGGUAACAGGGACUCGACGAGACAAGUACCGGCUCAAGUUCGAAGGGGAAGAUGACGCCGAUAAGGAAACCGAAGUCAGUCGAGGUCUGGUGUUGAACAUUCCCAAGUAA